CCCUCGGGGUGUCCUGCGGAGGGUGCUUCGGGAGUAUGGGAUACCGAACCCCCUGAUACGGGCUGUUCGGUCCCUGUACGACCGGAGUCAGAGUUUGCUCCGCAUAUCCGGCAGUAAGUCGGACUCGUUUCGGGUGAGGGUUGGACUGCGCCAAGGCUGCCCUUUGUCACCGAUUCUGUUCAUAACCUUUAUGGACAGAAUUUCUAGGCGCAGCCGAGGCGAUAGAGGGGUCCGGUUUGGUGGCCUCAGUAUUGCAUCUUCUUCUUUUUGCAGAUGAUGUGGUUCUGUUGGCUUCAUCAAGCCGUGACCUCCAACUCUCACUCUAGCAGUUCGCAGCCGAGUGUUAAGCGGCAGGGAUGAGAAUCAGCACCUCCAAAUCUGAGACCGUGGUCCUCAGUCGGAAAAGGGUGGCGUGCCCUCUCCAGGUCGGGGAUGAGAUCCUGCCCCAAGUGAAGGAGUUCAAGUAUCUUGGGGUCUUGUUCACAAGUGAAGGAAGAAUGGAACGGGAGAUCGACAGGCGGAUCGGUGCGGCGUCUGCAGUGAUGCGAACUUUGCAUCGGUCCAUUGUGGUAAAGAAGGCGAAGCUCUCGAUUUACCGGUCGAUCUACGUUCCUACCCUCACUUAUGGUCACGAGCUGUGGGUCGUGACCGAAAGAACAAGAUCCAGGAUACAAGCGGCCGAAAUGAGUUUUCUCCGCAGGGUAUCCGGGCUCUCCCUUAGAGGUAGGGUGAGAAGCUCGGUCAUCCGGGAGGAUCUCAGAGUAGAGCCGCUGCUCCUCCACAUCGAGAGGACCCAGAUGAGGUGGCUGGGGCAUCUGAUUCAGAUGCCUCCCGGACGCCUCCCCGGUGAGGUGUUCUGGGCAGGUCCCAUCGGGAGGAGACCCCGGGGACGACCCAGGACACGCCGGAGAAACUACAUCCUUCGGCUGGCCUGGGAACGCCUCGGGAUCCCCCCGGAAGAGCUGGAUGAAGUGGCUGGGGAGAGAAAGCUAUUGCCCCUGCGACCCGACCUCGGAUAAGCGCUAGAAAAUGGAUGGAUGGAUGGAGGUUCGGAGAAUCUGCAUGUAAGCGGCAAGGCCAAAAACCAACAUUGAAUGCCGUGACCUUCGAUCCCUCAGGCGGCACUGCAUCAAAAACCGACAUCGAUGUGUAAAGGAUAUCACCGCAUGGGUUCAGGAACACUUCAGAAAACCAAUGUCAGUAAAUACAGUUCGGCGCUACAUCCGUAAGUGCAACUUGAAACUCUACUAUGCAAAGCAAAAACCAUUUAUCAACAACACCCAGAAACGCCGCCGGCUUCUCUGGGCCCAAGCUCAUCUAAGAAGGACUGAUGCAAAAUGGAAAAGUGUUCUGUGGUCCGACAAGUCCACGUUUCAAAUUGUUUUUGGAAAUUGGGGACGUCGUGUCCUCCGGGCCAAGGAGGAAGGUGGAAAUCUUUCCCAUUCUUGCUUGAUGUACAGCUUCAGCUGUUCAACAGUCCGGGAUCUCCGUUGUCGUAUUUUACGCUUCAUAAUGCGCCACACAUUUUCAAUGGGAGACUGGUCUGGACUGCAGGCAGGCCAGUCUAGUACCCGCACUCUUUUACUACGAAGCCACGCUGUUGUAACAAGCGCAGAAUGUGGUUUGGCAUUGUCUUGCUGA